AUGAAGAGACGCUCAGCUGCCUUAGAGAUCCUGAAUUUGAAAGAACUCUCUGUGCACAGAGGGCUGUGGGAAAACCAAUGGUUGUUAUCAUCUGUAAUCUCACAUCUCUAUACGCCCCUGACAGGUGCCAUCCGGAUUCCAACAGUGUCUUUCAGCCCCGAGAACGUUAAUGCAACAGCCCUGGCUGAGUUUGGAGAAUACAUUCGUACAGUUUUUCCGACAGUUUUCAAAACCAGCUUUAUCCGGCAUGAAGUCAUAGGAGAGUACAGCCACCUGCUCACUGUCCGAGGCUCAGACCCUAGCUUGCAGCCCUACAUGCUAAUGGCGCACAGUGACGUGGUGCCCGCCCCUGACGAAGGCUGGGAGGUGCCCCCGUUCUCUGGCUUGGAGCGUGAUGGCUUCAUCCAUGGCCGAGGCACACUGGACAACAAGAACUCUCUGAUGGCAAUCCUGCAGGCCCUGGAGCUCCUGCUGAACAGAAACUACAUCCCCCGAAGAUCUUUCUUUAUUGCUCUGGGCCAUGAUGAAGAGGUGUCAGGGCAGAAUGGGGCUCAGAAGAUCUCAGCCCUGCUACAGGCAAGGGAUAUCAAACUAGCCUUCAUUGUGGACGAGGGAAACUUCAUCUUGGAUGGUUUCAUUCCCCACCUCAAGAAGCCCUUUGCCAUGAUUGCAGUCUCAGAGAAGGGUUCGAUUAACCUCAGGCUGGAAGUAAACAUGACUCCAGGCCACUCCUCAGCUCCCCCAAAGGAGACAAGCAUCGGCAUCCUCGCAGCCGCCGUCAGCCGCCUGGAGCAGACACCAAUGCCGAACAUGUUUGGAAGCGGCCCAUUGAAAAUGACGUUGCAGGAACUGGCACAUGAGUUCUCCUUCCCUGCCAAUAUUAUCUUGAGCAACCUGUGGCUAUUUGGGCCGCUUGUAAGCAGGUUAAUGGAGAGGAAUUACAUAACCAAUGCGCUGGUCAGGACCACCACGGCACUCACCAUGUUCAAUGCAGGAGUCAAGGUGAAUGUCAUCCCCCCGGUGGCCCAGGCCAUAAUCAACAUCCGGAUUCACCCUGCGCAGACUGUCCAGGAGGUCCUAGACCUCGUCAAGAACAUUGUGGCUGACAACCGGGUCCAGUUCCACGUGUUGACUGCCUUUGACCCCCUCCCUGUCAGCCCCUCCGAUCAUCAGGCCUUGGGCUACCAGCUGCUCCGCCAGACCAUACAGUCCAUCUUCCCGGAAGUCAGCACUGUUGUCCCAGGCAUUUGUAUUGGCAACACGGACAGCAGACAUUAUACAAACCUCACCACCAGCAUCUACCGGUUCAACCCUCUCUACCUGCAUCCUCAGAGCUUCCGUAGCAUCCACGGAAUCAAUGAGAAAAUCUCAGUCCCAGCCUACGAGACCCAGGUGAAAUUCAUCUUUGAGUUUAUCCAGAACGCUGACGCAGACCAGGAGCCAGCGCCUCACCAGCACGAACUGUGAGGUCGAGGAGCCAGCUGGAUUAGGGGUGCCUGACCCCAGCCAUGAUUAACCCAACGGGGAAAGCUCAUGUUGAUGAAACUUUGGGUCAAAACCACUUGGUGAUCCAUCACCCACCAGCCUUACUCACUCCUGAAGUCACCAAAGAUCAAGGCCAAGGGGUAGGGCAGGGCCGGCAGGAACCUGGCUUCUUCCUCCAAGCAACCGCAUCCCUCAGCCGACCAGCAUUUACUGCCUUCUUGUCCCGAUCUCAGAAGUUACCAGGCUUGUUGGUCUUACACUGGUUAUUUAACUGCUCUUUGUAAAGGCCUGACUUGACAAAUGCAGAUUUGGAAAACCUCAACCAGGUUUUACCUUCUAGAGGCGUGUAAUUUCGGGCAUGCUCGCCAGGCUGCCUUCUCCAUCACUGAUAUAUUUCUUUUUGCUGUAACUUCCUUUCUUGUCCUCCCCCUUGCCUUGGAUUUUUUAGCUGGCCCUUCAUCUCUCCUCUCCUGCCCCUGCAUCCCUCCCCCUGCAUCCCUCUAAUUUAUUCUACAUCUGGAGCAGAACUUAGUCAAACUGUGAUACUACCGUAAUUACCACAACAACCGGGUCAAAUAAAGUGAGCGAUGUAGCAUCAAGCGGUCACUGAGAGGUGAAACUGAGGCAGGGGACUUUGCAGGCACCCCAAACCUCCUGGUUCUGGAGGCUGGAGCCUAGAGAAGAAAGCCUCUGUCCUUGGGCUCCUCCCAAGGGCUCCCUGGGCUUUGCUCCCUCCUCCCUCCCCUGUCCUGUCCCUGCCACCCUGCUGCUGCUGUCCCACCCCAGGAGGCACUAAUCUGUGGAAACAUUUCCCUGGCACAUCCUAUAGGCUGAGCUCCCAAGAGAAGCGCACGCAUGAUCCUGCCUUGCAGUGAGGCCCAGGACCAGCAGGGCUCUGGCAUCAAGUCCUGGUUCUGACCUCUCAAAACGAAGUGGUGGGUAUGGGGUGGGGGAGCAAGGAGGAGCCUGACUUGAGGGGCUCUGCCCCAGGUGGUGGGCAGAGGAGGGGCAAGCUACUCUGCCUUAGGGGACAGCAGAGCCCCUGUCCUCUUUCUCUGGAAUCCAACCCUGAGCAUAUUUGAAUCCGCUUAGUAGCUGCCAGGUAAGGGGCAUUGGAAGGCAGCCUCUCUUGGCUCAAGGCUGGGAGCUGAGCUUUGUGAGUCACAAGGGAGUUGGGGUCAGAGAGGGAGACCAGAGGAGCUGGGACUUGAAGACUCCCUCUUUUUUGCCUCACCAAAGACCUUUCGUGCCUUCCUGGGGUUUGACAGCAGAGGCUCCUUUUCCCACCUCACAACCCCCAUAUCCCCAUUUCCUUACCUCCCUCUGUGCCCUUGGCCGUGAGCCCUUCCUUAGAGCUUAGGCUUAAUGGAAAGAGUUAGAAACAGUGUGGGGAUUAUUUGAGCUUUUUCGCCACUCCGCCUAAGAUUCACAUUCCUUCCCUCACCCUCCCUUUUUUUUGGCCAAUUCAGGACUUAUUCAGCCUUUGUUAGAGAGGGUGAGCUGAAGAACAGACAAUCUUUCACCUUCGUACAGAGCUGUACAAAGUGCUUUCGUACACCUUAUUUAUUUCAUCGGAGCCCCACGAAGAAAGUAUUAUUACCCCUUCUUACAGAGAAGGAAUUGGUCCUCAAAGGGGUUACACACCUAGCUGGGGGCAGAUCCAAGCCCAUGUCACCUGGCCCCAAAUGCACCAUUGUUCCAUGGUCCUAAUUAAUAAUGGAAUCUACUUCCCAACCAUUAUCUUAAUCCUCACAACAGCUCCAAGGUGUUAGUGCUCCUAUUUUAUAGAUGAGACAACUAAGACCCAGAGAUUAAGUAAUUUGCCCAAGGUCGUGCAGGUGUUGGGGGCAAAGUCUCUCUGAGUCCAAAGCCUGUGCUAAGAGUACUGAAGAGGAAAGAAACUGAGACUCAAAGAGGUCAUCUGCCCAAGAUGCCAUAGCUCUUAAAGGGCAGCCCCAGAAUUCAAAUGCCAGUCAAAAAUCCCCAAGUCCAAGUUUGCAAUUGCACCACACUGCCUGCCCCCAGAACCUCUGAUGUGUAGCUCAUUCAUUUCGAUCCAAGGAGAUCUCAAGGACAAAGUCUGUUUUACCAUUGGCUUUGGUUCUUAGCUCAAGCUCUCGCUGUUCCCCUGGCUGACCUCUCUCUAUUCACACCUCUCCCUCUGUCUGCCAACAUUCCUUACCACCCCCACCCCAGCUUCUGGGUUCAGCUUUUUUCGCUUCUCUGAGUUUGGGGACAGCUGGGUCUCUAAUAAUCCAUGGGAUAACUGGGAGAAGACUGAGUGGGGACGUUGUCCCCACUGGGUCUCACCACUCUCCUCUAGUGCCAGAAAGGAUAGUCUUUCCAGACUCUGGAGUGGGAAAGAAGGCCCUUGAGAGGGAACAGCUCCAAAUCCCGGUUGGAAGAAUGCAGACCUUCCAGCCCUGUGGCCCUUGAAGGCUUCUGAAAAGAGUGGCCGAGAGUGCUGGCCAGACCAGGACAACAUGAGCUCUAAGACUCUGGGCAGAAUGGGACAAUGAAUCUGGAACUUUCCUCCACCCCUACCUGCAUCCAUCUACCACUCCCCAAAUCCACCUUGAAAAAGCUCCUGCUAUAAACCUACAUCCCAUCAGG